CUUGGGGAUCUUUAACAUAUUGUAAUCGGAAAUUGGUACAUGCUGACAGUUUGAAGUUAACUAGCUGUGAUGGCGGUGGACGUUAAAUCCAGAACAAAACGAUAUGAAAAACUUGAUUUUCUCGGAGAGGGUCAGUUUGCCACUGUUUACAAAGCCAGGGAUAAAACUACAAAUACGAUAGUUGCUAUAAAAAAGAUAAAAGUAGGCCACCGGACAGAGGCCAAGGAUGGCAUCAACAGGACAGCCCUCCGUGAAAUCAAACUGCUUCAAGAACUGAGUCACCCCAACAUAAUUGGGCUUCUUGAUGCUUUUGGACACAAAUCCAACAUCAGUCUGGUGUUUGACUACAUGGAGACCGAUCUUGAGGUUAUUAUAAAGGACACCAGCCUGGUACUGACCCCAGCCAACAUUAAGGCCUACAUUCUGAUGACACUACAAGGCCUAGAGUACAUGCACCAUCACUGGAUUUUACACAGGGACCUGAAGCCCAAUAACCUGCUGCUGGAUGAGAACGGGGUGCUGAAGCUCGCCGAUUUCGGGUUGGCAAAAGCGUUCGGGAGCCCCAACAGAGUCUACACGCAUCAAGUGGUAACAAGGUGGUACCGCUCCCCUGAGCUCCUUUUCGGCGCCAGGAUGUAUGGGGUGGGCGUGGACAUGUGGGCUGUGGGCUGCAUUCUAGCAGAACUUCUCCUCAGGGUACCGUUUUUACCAGGGGACUCCGAUCUGGACCAGUUAACGAAAAUAUUUGAAGCCUUGGGCACACCGACAGAAGACACGUGGCCUGGCAUGACCAAUCUCCCCGACUUUGUGUCCUUCAAACUGUUCCCGGGAACCCCACUGGAGCACAUAUUCAGUGCGGCGGGAGACGACCUGCUGGAGCUACUGCAAGGCCUGUUCACCUUUAACCCCUGCACACGCAUCACCGCCACACAGGCCUUGAAGAAGCGGUACUUCAGUAACAGACCUGGGCCUACACCAGGACCCCAGCUUCCCCGCCCCAACUCCUCCGUAGAAGCUCUGAAAGAGAAGGAGAAUCUCACCAUCGGCAUCAAGAGGAAACGCGACACUGUAGAACAAGGAACCCUGAAGAAGAAGUUGAUUUUCUGAGCUGGGUGACAUGGUGUGGGGCCCCUGCUUCGGGGGGGGCCCAGCUCUGCUGAUGCUGCUGAAGAAAAGGCCUCCUGGGGGGGCCCCAGCAUUCUAUGGGCCCAACCCUCGUGGAGGCCCCACACGGGGCCUGCCUGGGAAUCCUGGGUUCCAUGUUGUAACGGGUCACAAUGCUCUAUCUGAGCCCCCUUUAGCACGACUAUUUAUAUGAGUUACAGGUGUGAGGAUUCAUUUCAUUUAGAUAUUAUCCUUUUUAUAAGGUGAUUUUUGUACAUAUUGUAAGUGAAUAAACGUUGAGGUCUGAAAUCUCA